CCGCCGCCGCUGCCGCCGCUUCAUUUCAUGCUUCGGUCAGUCAGGGAAUGAUCGUGCUGGGCUCCAAUACUGUGCUACCGAGGGCUCCGCGACUCGACGCCGCACUCAUUUGCUAAACACAACCCAAACAUAGCACAACAACGUACAACUCUGCCGUAAUUACACAGUGGUUGCUUAAAUCCGACGACCGUCGAAGCAGCGUUUAAGCUGGUGAAAUCUCCAAAGCCAAACAACAGAAAGCCCAUUGGGUUAAUUGUCAGAAAAAAAGCGGCCUUAGAGUGUUUAUUUUGUUUUUUUUCAUUGUGCGGACUGGACAACUUGGGUCAAGAUGGCAGCGCAAAAGGAAGAUCACACCGCCCUGGAUCUCAUCAUAAAGUCGCUCAAGUCCCCGACCAUGGUCUGUGAGGGCACCCACUUCGACGGCAAGAUCCCGCACACGUUCGUGAUCUUUGGGGCUUCUGGCGACCUGGCCAAGAAGAAGAUCUAUCCCACACUGUGGUGGCUCUACCGGGAUGACCUGCUGCCCAAGCCCACCAAAUUCUGCGGCUAUGCCCGUUCCAAGCUGACGAUCACCAGCCUCAAAACGCAAUGCCUGCCGUACAUGAAGGUUCAGCCCCACGAGCAGAAGAAGUACGAGGAGUUCUGGGCCCUCAACGAGUACGUGUCCGGCAGCUACGACGGACGCACUGGGUUCGAGCUGCUCAACCAGCAGCUGGAGCUGAUGGAGAACAAGAACAAGGCGAACCGCAUCUUCUACCUGGCCCUUCCACCCAGCGUUUUCGAGGAGGUGACCGUCAACGUCAAGCAGAUAUGCAUGUCCCUCUGCGGCUGGAACCGCGUGAUCGUGGAGAAGCCCUUCGGUCGGGAUGACGCCUCCUCGCAGGCGCUGAGUGACCAUUUGGCCGGACUGUUCCAGGAGGAUCAGCUGUACCGCAUCGACCACUACCUGGGCAAGGAGAUGGUCCAGAAUCUGAUGACCAUUCGCUUCGGCAACAAGAUACUCAGCUCGACGUGGAACCGCGAGAAUAUCGCCUCGGUGCUGAUCACAUUCAAGGAGCCCUUCGGUACCCAGGGACGUGGUGGCUACUUCGAUGAGUUCGGCAUCAUCCGGGAUGUCAUGCAGAACCAUCUGCUGCAGAUCCUCUCGCUGGUGGCCAUGGAGAAGCCGGUCAGCUGCCAUCCGGACGACAUCCGCGAUGAGAAGGUCAAGGUGCUGAAGAGCAUUCAGGCGCUCACCCUGGACGACAUGGUGUUGGGCCAGUAUCUGGGCGAUCCGAAGGGCGCCACCGAGGAUGCGCGCACCGGCUAUCUGGAAGAUCCCACCGUUAGCAAGGACUCGAACACGCCCACCUACGCCCUCGGCGUGCUCAAAAUCAACAACGAGCGCUGGCAGGGAGUGCCCUUCAUCCUGCGCUGCGGCAAGGCUCUCAACGAGCGCAAGGCGGAGGUGCGCAUCCAGUACCAGGACGUGCCCGGCGACAUCUUCGAGGGCAGCACCAAGCGCAACGAGCUGGUCAUCCGUGUGCAGCCCGGCGAGGCCCUCUACUUCAAGAUGAUGACGAAGAGCCCCGGCAUCACGUUCGACAUCGAGGAGACGGAACUGGAUCUGACGUACGAGCAUCGCUACAAGGACUCCUACCUGCCGGACGCCUACGAGCGACUCAUUCUCGACGUCUUCUGCGGCUCCCAGAUGCACUUCGUCCGCUCCGACGAGCUGCGCGAGGCGUGGCGCAUCUUCACGCCCAUUUUGCACAAGAUCGAGCGGGAGCGCGUCCAGCCCAUCACCUACCAGUACGGAUCGCGGGGCCCCAAGCAGGCGGACCGCAAGUGCGAGGAGAACAACUUUAAGUACUCCGGCUCCUACAAGUGGCACGGCGGCAAGCCGGCCACCUCCUCCAAUCUCUAAACGCCCCAAUCCGGGUUGGGUUCAUCACUGCACACACUGCACACACUGCACACACUGCACACACAGCACACACAUCCUCUCUGUCCUUACAUAUCUAUAUGUAUUCUUUGGUUAUUUGUAAUCUUCUCUUCGGUUUGUACAAGAAUUUUUUUGUUAAAUAUAUGAAAUAGCAUUUAACUGGAA